AUGUUCUUGGGCAGCAUACCCGCGCUGAGGUCCUUGUUGAUGCCACCGUCCGUGAGAUUCAGAGUAUGCAAUGCCUCCAGGUGGAGGAAUGAUCCAACCGAGGCUUCAAAGUUGAGUGUGGAGGUACUCGGUGUGCGGAGGAAUGCGCCGGAUCCAUUCGUCUCUGACGACAGAGGUGCAGUCGCUGAAAACACGCAACAACAAUGA